CAGAGAAGUUCUUUUUUUCUCUUCUUGACAUAAGGCCUUAAAUGAUUCAUUUUAAUUUCAGUCAUGAAGUGUAGGUAAUGUUUAGCACCGCUAAACUAUAUAAACAAAAAAGGGAGCCAGCUAACAGAACACCCUGAACAACCCGAAGAAAGAAAGUGGAGCUGAGGGCAGCAGCCAUGAUUUAACUCUUUCACCGCCGGCGGCACGAGGUGUGCGUAGCCCGCCACUAAUUUGCCGUUGACUUGCAGCAAUCUGGUUUUUCGGUCUGGCUGGCCCCGGCUUGGCAAAGGAAAAGUCUGAGGUUCCUCGUUUGUUGCCUUGCGGUGCGGGAGAAAAAAAGGUUAAGCCUAAAGUGGUUUCAUUCAGUGAAAUAGCAUCUCUUUUAUGCACAUCUGUCUCACUGGGCGGUAUUUAAAAUGCGUAGACUCAGGCAAUUAUGAUUUACUGGCAAGCCACUCAGUCACUGCAGAGCGAGAGCAGAGGGAGGAAAGAAAAAAAAAACGUUGUAUGAAAGUCUUGCAGAGGAGGGAAAUCCACACAGGACCAGCCGUCAGGAGCAUGGACCGGCCGCUCAAUCAGGAGCCUCACUUCGCAUUAAUGGAUCUGUAAAGAAGAUAUUCACUAUUCUUGGCAAUGGCAAAUGAAGUUGAAACAGGCAAUGGGUAUCAAAGACUUCACAAACAUGAUUACUUUGCAGUUAUGACGAUUAAAAGGAAUAACUUUACACUCCCGGUGAUGUAGGAAGACAUCCUGACAUGCCAAACAAAUAUGGUUGUGAGAGAGGGAGCAUUCUUAAGUCCUCUCUGAAGAUGGACAGACAGAACAGCACAGGAAAAAAAAUCAAGAAAGGCAAAAACUUCCGUUCCAUAUCCAAGUCACUUAUUCUGUGCAACACUAAGAACAGCGAUGAUGGGUCCAGCCUGGAGGAGAAAUAUUCUGAAAUCACUGAGAUAUCACAAUGCGGUGUGCAAGACUGGGAAUCACCUUUUUCUGGCAUUCCACAAAAUGAUAACAUGAUACCAGAGCCUACAAGUAAGAAAAUGGUUUUAUCGAGAAGCGCCUCUAAUGACAAAAGUAUGAACAAAUCAUCUCUUAAGGAAGCAGCUCUGAAUGCAUUUGUGGAAAGUCAAGCUAAACUGGAAAGCCAUUCCAUACUGCAAAUGAAGGUUCCAUGUGUGAGGACAAGGAGCAACUCAACAACUUCAUCUGCUAAAAAGCACAUACUAUACAUAAUAAAGAGUGUAAACCCGUACUGGAUUGGUGAAAUCGAUGCACCUGCAAGUAAGAAGCCUUUACUGUUCAGAGACCGACAACCCCCCAAUUUGUGCAGCGACCGAAAGUCUUUGUCUCAGCAAUUAGACAGUCCUUCAGGAAUUGUACAGGGUGUUUCCCGUUCUUCAAGGUCAUUGAGUUCUGCACACCUAGCAAACACGAGAGUAUCUUCACAAGUGUCUGUUAUUUCCAAUAUUAUUUUAAUGAAAGGCCAAGGCAAGGGACUUGGAUUCAGUAUUGUUGGUGGGAAGGACAGCAUUUAUGGACCAGUUGGCAUUUAUGUGAAGACAAUAUUUCCAGAUGGAGCAGCUGCAGCUGAUGGAAGACUGCAAGAAGGGGAUGAAAUUCUAGAACUAAAUGGAGAGUCGAUGUACGGCUUAACACAUAACGAUGCACUGCAAAAAUUUAAGCAAGUGAAGAAAGGAGUUCUGACCCUAACAGUCCGGACUGGACUCAGCCCUCCAGAUUUUAAAGGAUGCAAUUCUCAGAUGGUCCGAUCUAAAAGCUCCAGCACCUGUGCCAUGAGAGAUCAUAGCCCUCUUCACCCCGAGAGUCCUUCAGCUUUAUUCAGCUCCAAGCCCAAUGACAGAGUCCUGAUUGAGGUGUCAUUACAAAAAGAGUCCGGUGUUGGUCUGGGAAUCGGAUUGUGCAGUGUUCCAAACUGUGGAGGCAUUUCUGGGAUAUUUAUCCAUACUCUUUCCCCCGGCUCGGUGGCCCACAUGGAUGGAAGGCUCAGAAAAGGCGAUGAACUUGUGGAAGUAAACGAACACACUGUAACCAACAAGCCACUGAAUGAAGUCUAUGCUCUUCUAAGCCACUGUAACCCUGGAGCAGUCAUUAUCCUGAUUAGUAGACACCCAGACCCCCAGGUCUCUGAGCAGCAGCUGACGCAAGCUAUGGCUGAAGCUAUGGAAAAAGAAUUUCCACACUGGAAUUCGGAAGGUGAUAGGAAGAUGGCCUCGUGCUGCCAUGGGAAAUAUCAAUGUGAAAGCUGCAUCGAGAAGCAUGCUGCAUACCUGUAUUACAGCCGGAGGGAGCAGAGGCAAAUGGUUCGAUCCAGCAGUGACAGCAACUAUAAUCCCAGGACAAUGGGCCUGAACCCAGACUCCUGCCAACUGUACGGUCUGAAGGGUAGAGUGCACAGUGUGGACGUGCCUGUGCGAACAGAGCCCAUACAGACUCAUUACUCUGCUCCUGUAAAGUUGGGAGAUUAUUCACCUACUGCCAGUGAUGCUUUAACCUCAACUCAGGUCCUCUGUAAGAAAACUAGUAGCCACACAGGAGAGAUCAUCGUUAGGAAGUUAACUUCGAAACCAGCUCCCCCACCUAGGAAAUAUUAUAAGCAAGACACAAAGGAUGAUGAAGCAGGAAAUUUGAUUCUAAAGGGAAACCAGCAAUUGACAGCCCACAGUGUGCUAGAUACAUCCUUAUCUUCUGCUGACUCUUCACAUACAACAACUGCUGAUCAGAUAUCUCCAGACUCAGGAAGUUCUGUUGCGUCUCAUCACAAACCAUUGUUAAGAAGACAGGCACGCGUUGACUACAGCUUUGAUACAACUCCUGAAGACCCGUGGGUUAGAAUUUCUGAUUGUAUUAAAAACUUGUUCAGCCCCAUCAUAACUGAAGACCAUAACCUUAUGGACAUGGAUGGAAAUAUAAGCACAGGGGAGGAUAGCUCCUCCUCUACACAAACAGAACAAAGGCACCAGCAAACUUAUGGUGGUGAUUCCAGUUCUCAGACAGGUGAAAGUGAAGAUAUAACGAUCCUGAAAAAAGGUCCUCCUGUGGCACCCAAGCCAACCUGGUUUCGUCAGAGUUUAAAAGGAACCAAGAAUGUAAAUCGCUCCUGGGACAAUAGUGGUUCUGAUAAACACAAAGAACCCAGUUACAUUUCUAGACCACAGGUUUCAACCCGAACAUCAUCAAUCAAGCAAAGAAUAAGUUCAUUUGAAACUUUUAGUAGCCAACAACCGGUAACAAAAGUGAACAAUAGACCUUGCUCUCAGUCUCCAGUGCAACAUGAAAAAACGGUUUAUAAGGAAAUUGAAGUAGAAUGUGUUACUGUGUCUUUCAACAAGGUCUCAGUGAACUCAGUUGAAAGUAAAGUUGAAAAAGUUCUCGAACCUCAAAUGGUAUCUCCAGAACCUGUGGACAAUACAGAAGUCAGAGUUUCCUGCUCUCCACCAAAGAUCAAUGUAUUAAAUGCUAGAAGAAGCAGCAGUACCAGUAAUGAGCCACAGCUCUACUCUUCAUAUACAGAGUUCACUGAGCCCCUAACAUACAAGACUCCAAGCCAAAGAUCAAGGAGCUACCCACUUUCCUCCAAUAUAUCAGCUGAUACUACAAAGAAAAGUGAAAACUGCAGCAAAAUAUACUCUAUUAGCAACCAAGUGUCCUCUGCUCUGAUGAAAUCCUUGUUGGCUUUCCCUCAGUCUCCACUUCCGCAAAGCAAAGACUUAUGGCAGACUGAGACCACUGCGACAGAGGAAAGCCCCUGCAGCUCCUUCACUGAAAACCACCUGCUGGACACUGGAUUCUCUGUAAACCUCUCUGAGUUAAAGGGCUAUGGAACAAGCCAGCCAGAUAAAGAGAAGGAAGAGACCAUCGGUGAGCAGUCCAUCUUUCUGCCUUCAUCUACAGCCACUAACAGCCAAUCCGUCAUAUCUCUACUUCCCAUUCAAGAACUGAGCCAACUAAUAGAGGAAGUUCAAGCUCUAGAUGAAGAAACACUUAAGGAAUUUGAUGACAUUCAUGUGGUGGUCUUGCACAAGGAAGAGAAUGCUGGCUUAGGCUUUAGCCUUGCUGGAGGACUUGAUCUGGAAAACAAGGCAAUUACUGUCCACAGAGUGUUCCCCAGUGGUCUCACCUCUCAAGAAGGAACCAUUCAAAAAGGAGACAAAGUUUUGUCCAUCAAUGGAAAGUCACUGAAAGGUGUCACUCAUAAUGAGGCACUGGGGAUUUUACGUGAGGCACGUCUACCUAGACAGGCUGUUAUAGUGAUAAAGAAAGAAAAGGAUGGUGAACAGAGUUCCAGCUCAUCAGACUGUACAGGAACUGAUGAACAUACAACUGGAAAUAUGGACGUGGGGGGCUUCAUAAUGUCUGUAACUCUGGAGAAGUCUUUGGCUGGUUUGGGAUUCAGCUUAGAUGGAGGAAAAGGUUCCAUACAUGGAGACAAGCCAAUUGUCAUCAACAGAAUAUUUAAAGGUGUGUCAGACAAGAAUGAUGCCGUUCAGCCUGGAGAUGAAUUGCUGCAGUUGGGAAAUAUUUCUUUGCAAGGUCUCACUCGCUUUGAGGCGUGGACUGCCAUUAAAACUUUACCCAGUGGGCCAGUUCAGGCUGUUAUUAGAAGGAGCAGCAAUGCUGGCUUAGUCAAUCAAUAGGAAUCUUGUCAUGGAGGAUGAUGAAGCUUCUGCUUAACGUACCAUAUUUACCUGGCAUCUUAGCAUUUUGUUGUUGUGGUGGUGCAGAAUUUUAACAAACAUGACCCAAAGAUGACUGGGGCCAGUCAAGCCAACAAUGACAUUUUGGUUGUAUAGGGAGCCUGGCGGGUUGAAAAAAAGCCAUUGGUUUCUUAUAUGUGUCGGAUGCACCCAACAGCAAGAUCAUCCUGCCAUAAUUCCUGACUCUGUUUAUAUCCACCUAGGUGUUCUUUUAGCAGACUCACAUUCAGUGACCAAUGAAGCUUUCCCUUUAGCACCCCUGAGAAUUCACAUAAUUACCUGUCUUCCAUUAACUGAGAUCUUCACAGGGUGGCUGCUUGGUGCCACAUAGUCUCUUCCUAAAAAUCUUCACUGUCUGGUCCUGCUCCUUCUGAACAUGCAGGUGCCACAAAAUGUAUUUUUUCCUAAGGAGAGUUACUACUUCUCUUGUCCCAGAAGAAUACAAAUCCAGGUACAAGUAAGUAUGUACCGUGUCAGAGGUGCUGGGGGAGGGCAUCUGAGGCCACCAAAGUCUACUUCGAGUUGAAAAUCAAACUACUGUACCCGGUAUUACUAAUUGAAACUGUGGUACCAUAGAAAGGUCUUUAUAAGGUUCUGUGACCAAUCAAAUACUGUGUAAAAUGUCAUCCUACCACUAAUGCCAUGUACACACGACCGUUUUUCAUGACGUGAAAAA